AUGAAUAUUGAUUUAAUUGAACCAAAUAAUAGAAUACGAAUACCAUCAAAUAUAUAUUUUUCAAAUCAAUCAAAUCAUAGAAUAUCAACGAUUUUACAAAUUGAAAAGAAUUUAUUUCUUGGAUUAAAUAAUGGUGAUUUAUUAAUUUAUCAAAUUUUAAAAAUACCAAUUAAAGAAUCAGAUAAACCUGUUCAAUCAUCAGGUAGAUCAUUUAGAUCAUUAAAAUCAUUUACUGAUAUUAAGGUGUUAUUUCAUGAAAAUAAUCAAUAUAAUUUAAUUAAUACAUUUAAAAAUAUAACUAAAAAUCAAACACCAAUUAAUCUGAUUAAAAUCUUACCUAUUAGUUCAAAUGUACAAAAAUUGAUAAUGUUAAUAACUACAGUUGAAGUAAUUAGGAUAUUCGAAAUUGUGGGGAAUCAUAUUAAUCAAAUUUAUUCAAUUGAAGAUUCAUAUUUAAAAAUACUGGAUUAUUUAUAUUUUGAAGAUAAUGAAUUAAGGAAAUUAUUGAUAAUACUGAGUAAGAAGAAGUUAAUAAUUUAUCAAAUACUAAAUAAGUCGAGGAAUUUAUUUCAAUUUAACAAAAUAAAGGAAAUUGUCGUCAAGGAUAAAAUACGAAAUAUUAAUGGCUAUAAUAAAGAUUCAAUUAUAGUAUCUACAAUUAGUGAUUAUUUUUUGGUCAAUAUUCAUACUUUUAAUUUAUCAUCGUUGACUGGUACUGGUUCAAGUGAGAAAAAUUUAACAUCAGCGACAUCUUCAUCAUUUAGUUAUUUCAAUUUAUCUUCGAGUGGGCCACAAACAUGGACAAUACCAAUAGAUGUCAACAAUAUAUUAUUAAUCAAAGAUACAACCAUAAUAAACCUAUCUAAAGACAAUCAAGAGUUAAAACCGUUAAGUAUUAAACUUUCAGCAAUUCCAAUAGAUAUCAAAUUCAUCUAUCCAAUUUAUUUAUUCAUCAUAUAUCCUAAAAAAUUUGAAAUUAUAGAUCUUAAAAAUGGUGAUCUAAUUCAAAAAUUCAACCACCAGAUUAAUUCCUCAUAUGUUCCAAUUAAUUUAUUUAAUGAUAUAAUUUCAUUGGGUUCAGGUACUUAUGUAUUACAAUUUAAGAUAAAAUCAUUUGAAUCUCAAAUUGAUCAAUUUUUGAAAAUAUCAGGAAAAUCAUCAACAUCAUCAAGUUCAACAAAUUUAACUAAUAAAAAUCCAGCUAAUGAUUUAAGAUACAUGGGUAUAGAAAAAGCAAUUUUAUUAUUAUCUAGUUUAGAAGCAACAAAUUCAAUAUAUGUGAAUGAGAAGGAUAAAUUAAUGAAAUUGAGAGAAUUGUAUACUUUAAAAGCUAUUUUAUUAUUUGAAUCAUAUUCUAAAUAUCAUGAAUCAUUAGUUGAUAUUGCUUCGGAAUGGUUAAUUUCAUUCCAAGAUAUCUUAAAUUUAUUUCCCAAUUUUUUAAAUGGUGAGAUUCAAGUAUUCCCAAAUGAAAAUGAAGAAAGUAGUACAAAUGGUACGAAAUCAGUCAAUAUAAUAAAGAAAAUAAAACCACAUGAUUUGGAAAGUAGUUCUAUUCCACCUGAAUCUGAAUAUGAUACAGAUUAUAAACAUCAACAAAUUACAACGAUUAACAAGAAUCAAAAUGUGAGAAGGUUCCUUAAAGCUGUUAAUAAUCUAAUCAUUUACUUGACUGAUCAACGAAGAAUAUUAUCUACAUUCAUGGACAAAUCAAUCAUACAAUGGAAAGAUGUCGAAAUUAAACCAAGAGAAAUAUAUCCAAGUUUAAAUCAAUUAGAUGAUGUAGCUACAAUCAUAGAUACUACAUUAUUCCUUUGUUAUUUUUAUUGUAAACCAAUGUUACUUGGUCCAUUAUUAAGACUUCCCAAUAAUCAUUGUGAUUCAAAAAUUGUAAAUGAAUGUUUAUUAAAAAAUAUUCAUAAUCAUAGAGAACAAAGAAACUUUAAACAACCAAAUUAUAUAAAAGAAUUAUUGGAUUUUUAUUACACUAGGAAUCUACAUAAAGAUGCCUUGGAAAUGUUAUAUAAAUUAAGUCAUGAGGAAAAUGAGCUGUUACAUUCAAAUGAAGAAGAUAAUCAAAUGGAUAACUAUUUAAAAGGUCCAGAAUUGACAAUCAAGUAUCUUAACAAAUUAAAUAAUGAUUAUUUAUUACUUAUUUUUGAAUUUUCAAUUUGGGUAAUUGAUCAAAAUCAAUCAAAUGCAAAAUUAAUCUUUAUGAAUGAUUCAUAUGAAUGUGAAAGUUAUGAUAAUUCAAAAAUAUUACAAUUUUUCAUCAAUAAGGGAUUUGAUAAUUCUGCAAUUGAAUAUUUAGAAUGGUUAUUAUUCCAAAGUGAUCAAUCAGAGACAAUAGUUACAAAUUACACAAAAUUUGAAACUAAAUUAGCCUUAUUAUAUCUAAAACAAUUGAAAUCAGAAUUCAAACAAGAUAUCUAUGAUAAGUUAUAUAAUCUUCUCAAAUCUAAUCAAUCCUUUGAUCCUUGGCCCAUACUUAAAGAAUUACCAACUACUGAUGAUAAAUUUUUACGAUUGACUUGUUUUGCAUAUAAGAAACUAGAAGAACAUGAAAAAUCAAUAGAUGUAUUAUUUAAUCAAUUAAAUGAUUUGGAAAGUGCAAUGGAAUACUGUCUAGAUAUCUAUAACCGUCCCAAUGGAAAUAAGAUAGGUUCUGAUUUAUUUUUCAAAUUAUUGGAGGAUUUAUUGAUGGGAGAUCGUGAAGAAAAUGAAGAUAUGAUAUCUAGAUUAUUAAACCUACAUGGGAAUAAGAUACCUAUAUUGAAAUUAUUAACAGUAUUGCCUAAUUCAUUCAAAUUGAAUCAAUUAAAUAAGUUCCUAAAUUCAAAAAUAUCUGAGAAUGAAAGAAUAAUAAACCAUAAACUGAAAAAGAAUCAAUUAUAUAAAAUUGGAAAUCAUAAUUUAGAGAAGAAGGUUAUGAUUUUACAAAAUGAAAAUUUUAAAAUUAAUUCAAGUAAACAAUUAUGUCCUAUUUGUAAUAAAAAAUUAGGAUAUGGGAUUUUUACAACUACGAGUGAUGGUAAUGUGAUUCAUUAUGGAUGUUUACAAAAAAAAUAA